CAUAGUAUAAAAAAGUAGUUUGUACCAUAGUAUAUGCAAUAAUGGGCCACUUUCAAAAUACUGUUAAUUUUUUAAUAUUUGCUUUUGUAUUAUUCUAUAGUCAAUACAGUAUUAAAAAUGUAAAAUCCUGGGGUUUGGGAGGUAUCAAAUGCGAUUGGUACAAAAAAUUAGAAGGGUUUUCAGAAAUUUUUAAAGGUCAAGUGGAAGCCCGUUUACUACUGUCCACCAAACAUCACAUUGAACCGUUUGAAAUAAAUCGUUCAAUUUUAACGAAUUCAUCAAUUUUACGAGAAAUUGGUUUCGAUAAAGAAAAAAAUAGUAUUGUAAUUAUUCAUGGCUGGAGAUCUAGUACCACGAAAGAAUGGGUAUCAGCUAUGACUAGGAAGCUUCACGUUAUAAAAGACGUCAACAUAUUUUUGGUCGAUUGGACCAAUACUGCUAGCAGUCUUAAUUACGUCAAAGUUGCAGAGAAUCUCCCUGCUGUAGCCGAUAUUGUAUAUGAACUUUUUAGAGAUGUACAAUUUGAAACUUGGAAUCGCAUUAAUACUAAAGGUAUUUUAUGGAAUCACCUAUAUUUUAUUGGCCAUAGUCUUGGUGCACAUUUGAGUGGACAUAUUGCACAUUUAAUGAAACAAUCCGGUGACGAUUUUUGGAAGAUCGAACGAAUUACUGGUUUAGAUCCAGCUAAGCCAUGUUUCGUAGAUACUAACACUGAAGAUCAUUACAAACUUGAUAAAUCAGAUGCUGCUUUCGUCGACGUUAUACAUUCUAAUAUUGGCUAUAAUUCUGAUGCCUUCUCUUUAGGUUUGAAUAAACCUAUAGGGCACAUAGAUUUCUUCAUAGACGGUGGAACUCUUCAGCCAAAAUGUGAGAAAUUGGAAUACUUUGAAGCUAUUAUAUGCAGUCAUAAAGUUUCGCAUGAUUUGUACACACAAUUGUUAACAACGUCAACAAGCAAUAAUUGCAAAUUGUACGGUCACCAGUGGGAUGGUAGCUACAAUAGUGCUAUGAAAAUUUUUAAUGAUGUCAAAAAUGACGAAGCUUGCAUUGAUUGCCCUCAAAUGGGAAUUAAUGCCAUUAACAGCAUCCAAAGAGGAAAGUUUUUAGUACUUACUUCAGAACUGAAAAAUGAGUGCGCUAGUUACAAUGAUCCUCUAUAUGUAAAAGAAGCUAUUAAGAGUAGUAAAUAA